CCUUCCUUCUGUAUUCUCCAUAUUCAUUAAUCAAAUUUCUCCAAUUAACCAUUUUUUCUUUCUCUCUUUCCCCCCCUAGCUUGUUGACGAAAUAAUCAAACAAAGAUAUUUUUGUUUGUGGAUAAUGAAAGAGUUACAUAGCGUGAUAUUGUGGAGCUGAUGGGCAAUACAUGCCGUGGAUCUAUUGGAGGCAAAACUUUUCAGGGCUAUAAUCAGCCCGAAGAUAGUUCGUGCUCCACCAAUCAAACCAAUUCGUACACCUCUUCUGACAUUUUUUCACCAACCUCCCAAAAAAACAAGAAUAAUCAAGAUAACGAACAAUCACUAUCCCUAGUAAGUCCACGAAAAGCAAGCAUGAAUCGUACAAGCAGUAACCAGGCUUAUUAUGUAAUGGGUCAUAAGACUGCGAAUAUUCGGGAUCUUUAUACAUUAGGGAGAAAACUAGGACAAGGGCAAUUUGGUACAACGUACUUAUGUACGGAGAAUUCAUCUGGUGCUGAAUACGCCUGUAAAUCGAUAUCAAAAAGGAAGUUGAUUUCGAAAGAGGAUGUUGAUGAUGUUAGAAGGGAGAUUCAGAUAAUGCAUCAUUUAUCUGGUCAUAAAAAUAUUGUUACGAUUAAAGGGGCUUAUGAGGAUCCUUUAUAUGUUCAUAUUGUGAUGGAGAUAUGUAGUGGGGGUGAAUUGUUUGAUCGGAUUAUUCAACGAGGACAUUAUAGUGAGAGAAAAGCAGCUGAAUUGACUAGAAUUAUUGUUGGGGUUGUCGAGGCCUGUCAUUCUCUUGGUGUUAUGCAUAGAGAUCUUAAGCCUGAGAAUUUCUUGUUGGUUAACAAGGAUGAUGAUUUCUCUCUCAAGGCCAUCGAUUUUGGACUCUCUGUUUUCUUUAAGCCAGGCCAAAUAUUCACAGAUGUUGUUGGUAGUCCAUAUUAUGUGGCUCCUGAGGUGCUUUUGAAGCAUUAUGGUCCUGAAGCAGAUGUGUGGACAGCAGGAGUUAUACUCUACAUACUGCUAAGUGGUGUGCCGCCAUUUUGGGCUGAAACACAACAGGGAAUAUUUGAUGCAGUUCUGAAAGGGCACAUUGAUUUUGACUCAGAUCCUUGGCCGUUGAUAUCUGAGAGUGCAAAAGAUCUUAUCCGGAAGAUGUUGUGCAUGCAGCCCUCAGAGCGGUUAACUGCUCAUGAAGUAUUGUGUCAUCCUUGGAUUUGUGAAAAUGGUGUCGCUCCUGAUAAAGCAUUGGAUCCUGCAGUACUUUCUCGCCUUAAACAGUUCUCUGCUAUGAACAAGUUAAAAAAGAUGGCUUUGCGGGUGAUUGCUGAAAGCUUGUCUGAAGAAGAGAUUGCUGGUCUGAGAGAAAUGUUUAAGGCCAUGGAUACUGAUAGUAGUGGUGCAAUUACAUUUGAUGAACUAAAAGCAGGGUUGAGAAAAUAUGGCUCUACGUUAAAGGAUACGGAGAUACGGGAACUUAUGGAUGCGGCUGAUGUGGACAAUAGUGGUACUAUUGACUAUGGAGAAUUCAUUGCGGCAACUGUUCAUCUUAAUAAAUUGGAGCGAGAGGAACAUCUCAUGGCAGCAUUUCAAUAUUUUGACAAGGAUGGAAGUGGUUAUAUAACGGUUGAUGAGGUCCAGCAAGCUUGUAUAGAGCAUAAAAUGACAGAUGUUUACUUUGAGGAUAUCAUAAGAGAAGUCGAUCAGGAUAAUGAUGGACGAAUUGAUUAUGGUGAAUUUGUUGCUAUGAUGCAAAAAGGAAAUCCGUGUAUAGGGAGACGGACAAUGCGAAAUAGUCUGAAUUUGAGCAUGAGAGAUGCACCGGGAGCUCGUUAGCUUCUCAGACAGACGGCUGUAGUAGUUUGUAGGUUGUACAGAAGAGGCCAACAGGCAUUCUUGAUAACACGGUGUCUCCUAUCUAAUCCUGACAGUAACAUCCAGUAUCUUCGAAUUUGCGUAGAAGAGGAUGAGUGAAAGAUCCUGUUGGACGCUUCCAGAAAUUGUUGUGAGCUUCAUAUAGUCCUUAUUUGUGAGCUUCAUAUAGUCCUUAGUGUUGAAAAUGUUCAAAUUAGUUGUGCUCUUUAGUCAAAGCUUCGUUCUUGUUUCGAAUCGUUAAUGCAUUAUUCCGUGAAUGUUUUUCCUUUUCCCCUCGUGUAAUUUAUGUUAUUUAUUUUGAUGCUUGUUUGUAGUAAUACUUGUAUUGUAACCGUACAUUUUCUUGAUUAAAAAAAUAUAUUUUGUUCA